AUGGUGAAUGGCAUCAAUGGGGAGGGGGGUCUCCGGUAUGUAGUGUCCGAUCGCGUCAAAGGAGUCCCUCAUUUGCCGGUGAAUACAGCCCCUCCUCCACGUGGAGAGGCAUAUGUUGACAUGGGUCCUGUCACCUGUGUCACCCUUUUAGGUGAGGCUUGGGCGAGACGUGCUCAUGUACCUGCCAUCAUGUCUGUUCCCGCCUUUUCCGACAUUGCCAAGCCGGCCAGCGAUUUUUGGGUUGAGGACAGCUUUUUUUGUCCUGCGCUGGACGACGAUGCCAUGCACGCGCUUAGCUUGCGCGCCAGUCCUCCAAUGGAGGAGACAAUCUUUGGCCUUGGAGAUCUCCUGAACAAGGACUUCUACCACCUCUCGGCCAGCACCUUUGAGUUCAAGGACACCGCCCCCAACGGCGUUGCCUUCAAGGUCACCGGCAAGUCCAGCCACGACAAGCACACCUCUGCUGCUAUUGAGGGAAAAUACACCGACAAGCCCACUGGCCUCACCCUCACUCAGACCUGGAACACGGCCAACGUGCUCGACACCAAGCUCGAGGUCAACGACACCCUCGCCAAGGGCCUCAAGCUUGAGGGUCUCUUCAACUUCCUGCCCGCGACCGCCGCCAAGGGCGCCAAGUUCAACCUGCUCUUCAAGCAGCCCGGCUUCCACGGGCGCGCCUUUUUCGACCUCCUCAAGGGCCCCACGGCCAACAUUGACGCCGUCGUCGGCCACGAGGGCUUCCUCGCCGGUGCCUCGGCCGGCUACGACGUCAACAAGGCUGCCAUCACUUCGUACUCGGCCGCCGUCGGCUACGCCGCGCCCCAGUACAGCGCCGCCGUCACCGCCACGGACAACCUGAGCAUCUUUGCUGCCUCGUACUACCACAAGGUUAACUCCCAGGUCGAGGCCGGCGCCAAGGCCACCUGGAACUCCAAGACGGGCAACGCCGUCGGCCUCGAGGUCGCCUCCAAGUACCGCAUCGACCCCGUCUCGUUUGCCAAGGUCAAGCUCAACGACCGCGGCAUCGCCGCUGUCGGCUACAACGUUCUCCUCCGCGAGGGCGUCACCCUCGGCCUCGGCGGCUCCUUUGACACCCAGAAGCUCGACCAGGCUACCCACAAGCUCGGUGCUAGCUUCACCUUCCAGGGUUAA